UGAGCUCCAUCUCUUCCUCUUCAUCAUGUUCGCUCUCGGAUUAAGGUUUUCAGACUGAGGGUUAGACUUUAGAGAGAGAGAGAAAUGGAGAGAGAGAUCCCGACGGGAGUUCUCGUUUCCUCCGCCAACGCGGCUGCUAUCGCCGCCGAGGAAAGGCGGAGGACCGUUCCCAUGCUCCCCACCGCUGCAAGCUUCCCGGCCGGAGCCCUGCCAUUCUACGCCAUUGAAUCUGGCGUUUCCUCUUCCCAGAUCGGGUGCUCGCCUGCUCCAUAUCCGGACCAGCUCGAUUUCGGCUUCUUCGCGGAGGACCUUGCCGCCCUUCCUCAGUGCCACCUCGUCGAGUGCAUCGCCUGCAUGGAUCCCCGCCUCAAGCUGAAAAGCCCCAAGGUCGAGCCACCGGCGAACGGGAAACAGGCCUGGAUCUCGCCGGAGAUCGGGUCCUACGGAUUCCACCGCCUCCCGGGCCUCCAGUCUCUGGAGCCGCUUCCGGAAGCAGCGAAGAAAUCCCCCAUUUCACCGCGCCUGUCCGGCGAUCUGAUCUCCAUCAUCGAGUUGUCUCAUAAGCGGUUCCACCCAUCUUCUCCGCCCACAACUCAUGCCCCUUCACCACCACCGCCGCCGCCGUUAAGGUCUCCUUCCACUUGCUAUGCCUUCCAACGACGAGGGGCAGCAGCGCGAAACCUGAGGCCGGCGGUGCCAUCGAGUGAGAUCGCGCGACAGAGGCGGAAGAGGAUCAGCGACCGGACGCGGAUUCUGGAGACGCUGAUGCCGUGGGAGCGGCGGAUGGACACGGGGACGAUGCUCCAGGAGGCGCACAAGUACGUGCAGUUCUUGGAGGCCCAGGUGACGGCGCUCCAGACGAUGCCGUGCUCGUCCGGGUUCGCGCCGGUCCAUCUCCCGGCGGGCAGGUUCCGUGGGCUGGAGCUGCUGAACCGGCAGCAGUUGUUGCAGGUGAUGAUGAACUCGCCAGUGGUGCAGGACAUGCUGUACCAGAAGGGUUUGUGCGUGUUCUCGGCGGAGCAGGUGGCGGCGCUCCGGCAGGCGGAGGAGCAACGCCCGCAGGUGAUCCGGCUCCUCAGCUCCAGCGUCACUAAAUGAGUACCGUCUUUCGUACCACGCACGAUACGGACGCCACCAGGUUGCUUACAGCUAGCUGUCUUUUUUUCUAAAAAUGGAAAAUCGCGUCGAUGGUUGAGACUUGGGACGAUGUCGUGUUCUAUUUUGGGUGGUCUUUUCAGUGGUCCCGAUAUCAUGGUGUACUGGUUAAGUAGAAUUAACGAGCUUCUUUCUUCGUUUUACCCCUUUUUUUUGAAAGUUGCAGAUGAUAGAUAAUGAAGGGUUAAAGAUAGUUAAUGGCUAUGAUGUAACCGUUUUAUGAUAGUUUACGAGUACCUAAGAUCUGAAAAAUUAAAGAGUCCGCUUUUUUGGAGGAGUUCG